CAUAAAGUGACACCUUGAUUAUUAUCUUUAUCUUGUCAAAUUAGCAUGAGAUUAGUAUUGUUUACCUUAUAAAAUACAAUAAUUUAGCAAAAUGGCCAUUGAAUGUUUCGAAAAUAUUAGUAUGCCUCCGUGUAUAUGGUUCGAGGGAGGAGAUAAACGAAACGCGUUAGCGUCGAUGUUAGCAGGCUUAUUGUUUUUUACUGGUUGGUGGAUAGUCAUAGAUGCAGCUAGCGUUUACGGUAAUAUUCUAGCUGGUUACCAUAUGUGCGGGGUUGUAGGGACAAUCUCUUUGCUUAUGGUAAAUUCUGUAUCCAAUGCACAGAUGAGAGGUGAUGCCUAUGAAGGAGGCUGCAUGGGUUCACGUGGAACUAGGAUUUGGUUGUUUUUGGGUUUCGUUAUGGGUUUUGCUGCAGUGAUCGCCUCAUGUUGGAUAUUAUUUGCUGAUUUUAUGGUAGAGGGAAAACGAUGGUCUGGAGUGUCACUUUUCCUCCAAAAUGCACUGAUUUUUAUCUCCUCGAUUAUAUAUAAGUUUGGAAGAUCUGAAGAUCUGUGGGGUUAAACAGUAUUGAGGACUACGAAAUCCACAUAUACAUUAAUUAUUUUCUGUUAAGGGUUGUUCGAAUGGUAGUGUAUAACUUUUUAUCGCAAAAAAGGUAUGUGAAUAUGUUGUGAUUCAUGCAAGUAUGAGAUUAUAAUUUUUCGCGUUGAAAAUAUAUAAAAUUAAUUGGCUUUUGUGCUCCUGUAUUAAGCGUUCAUCACAAACAUGUGUUCACUUGAAUCUCUUACUUAUGCAAUGCCAACUUACCAGGGAUGUCUCUUUAGUUUUACAUAGAAAGGAUAAAGACAAAUCAAUCCACUGUCAGUUUUUUAAAAUAUAUCUACAACAGAUUAGAGUAGAAUCAUGUUAAAUGUCAAAUGUUAAAUAGAGUAUUUAUAAUUAAAUUUGUUGAUUAAAAAGAAAUAAAAUUCCAAAAAAAAUAAAUUCAGGUUAAAUUGGGUGCUUAUCAGCAAGUAAGUCAAAUCUCAUGUGAUGUAAGAGAAAUUGGUUGGGAAUUAUUAAAUUUCAAUUCAAUAUAAAUAGGAUUUCUGCCACAAAAUUGUAUCAAAGUCUGAAUUUUUCAGUCAGGCGUUAUUAGAAAUAUUUAUGCCGAUAUUAGGAUUAUAUUAGUGUGAAAAUCAUUAGAUCAGAAACAUUUUGGUGAUGCAAAAUAGGUAAAUCAGUUAUAACAAUGUAGAACUGGAAUAUUUAGAUGCUAUUCCUAUGAGAAACCAUAAACUGUCUUUUUUGUUGCAUUCAAUGUGUUGCACAUUCUGUUCUUACUGAUGUUAUUUUUGACAUAAGACAUUUAUUUUAAGACACGUAAAGUUUGACAAUGUUACUCUAUCUAAAAUUGAAAAGAUAACCCUGAUAUAAGAAAUCAUGUACUUAUGCAAUUUUCAAUAAGUAACUUCAUACUUAUAUACAUAGAAACAUAAAAACUUACAAAUUUUAAAUAUUUUAUAACUUUUGUUCAAGUUUUAUCUUAUAAAAUAUAUUAAAAUUAUUAAAUGAGUCCUAUAAAAAAAUAUAUUUGAGCAUGAAUCGCUUUUUGUACACUUUAGGUUGUAAAUGUAUUACUAUAAAUACUUUUCAGUAACUUUUGUAUGUAUCCACUUUAAUGUACAUGUAAUUAUACUAAAUAAAUGUGAUUCCUUUUUA